GUAGCUCGUAUAUAUCAAUCGGUUUGGAACUUGUAUUUAUUUUCAACGUCUUUUUUUCCUCUUUAUCCACAUAAUCUACACUUAGCUUACUUGUGAAAUCUAACGUAAAAAUUAAAGGGAAACAAAGAGACACUUCAAUCUCUUCAAAACAAGACGGAGCAGUCUACUGAAGAACCAUAUGUUGAUGACAAUUCAGUUGAUGACUUUCAGUCUAUUACAAAGUAUAGAAAAAAAAAGUAGAGAAAGUAGUCCGCGUAAAGAGGCUCAAAAGCGAGUUAAGGGAAAAGGAAAAGCAAAUGAUAUGCCGCCUUCUCUCCAUAUUCUGGACUCUGCCUUUCCAAACUUGGGCGAGUCUAGCAAGUUUAAUGAGCCUCAAAGAUUUAUUUCCUCUACUGCUGUGUCUGUUUCUUCUUCCUUGGACAAAAAUGAAACAAAAAAGCAGGUGAUAACAGUAAAAGCAACUGUGAAGUCUAUAUGGAAUCCAAUGCACAUGCAAGCUUUGUUUGAGCUAGUUGAUGCAACCAACAUAGUAGUGACACAUACAUUCGCUUUCUCCAAAUAUAUAUUUCUACAAGAGUUGAAGGAAAAUUUUAAAUUUGAAUUGGACAAAUAUAUCAGAAAGGAUUUUUUUGUGAAAGUUUUUUUGAGCCUGAUUGAUAGAAAAACUAUACCUGGAAGGCUUCAAAAUAGAAAGGCAAAUUACAGGACAUUAAUUUCAGAGCAUAAAGAGUCAUAUUGUAAAAGUGCGAAAUAUACACCCAUCGGGCUGCCGUACGCUCAACAGAGAGCAUUAUAUGAAUGUACAAAGAUACAAACUGCCUAUGUCAACAAUAUCAAAGUUCAUUUUGGUAACAGAUUAAGGGGGAUUCUAAACAAGCUUUUCAAAAAAAAAAAAGAAGUUGGUUAGCGAUCUGCGUGAAGAGUUAAAGAAAAAGAGGUUAAAUAAUGAAGUCAUGAAUAAAGCAUUGCGAGAAAAGGUUUAUGAUCCAUGUAACCAAGUGAAAAGUGCUAUUGAAAAGAAAGUGAUGC